ACAAAAGAAUUCUUUCCCAGUUUACGAAUGUUAUCUUCAACAGCAUAAUCGUCACGAUAAUACCAUAGUAAAGCUGUUUUAAAAGAGUUUUAAUGUGAGUCCAUAUUGGCAUAAUCACUUGAGUUCUAAAUAAAAUGAAUAACAACAACAACAACUUUAGUUUGAAGGUCGCCAUUGACUUUCUAAAACCGCUCACUUCAAAGAAAUAACUAUUUUGAGACUAAUUUUAUUAAUACUCUUAUUUAAAAAUACAGAAAAGAUCGUUCAGUUUUUGUAGUGAACUAAGGAUGUGAAGAUGUGUAAAUGAGUUUUGGGGAUUUUUAAAUAAAUAGCAUAAUCUUAUUUCCAGGGUUGGAAGGGUUACUUUAAAAUUAUUUUAAUCUAAUCCAAAUGGUCACUAUAAUGUAGUAACAUAAUCUUACAUUCAUUACGUUUAAGUUACAUUUAUUAACAUUACAUUCAGUUACUUUUGAAUUACUUUUUAACCCAUAAACUGUCAAAGUGCCAGCUAGUACGGCCAAAACCAAGCUCACACAAGCUCUUGUACUUUUUCUGUUCAGUCUUAUGCAGGGGAUGUGUAGAAGUUGUCCCCAGUCCAGUUGAAGAACCCCUGCACUCCCUGUAGACAGAGAAACUAUAGGCCCAGUGUUUGGCAGCAGACAGCGCGAGCAAACCGAACCUGUAGCAUUACUGUUGAGCGCUUUUACUAUAUCUUUUACAAUGCCAAAAGAAUACAACUUUAUUAGAAAGUUCCUAAAGAAGUAUGGGGUGGAAAGGGAAGAAAUUGGGUUUUAACGAACGCAAAACUGCUUGUUGCCUGUGCACAGGACCGGGAGUUGGUGAGCCCAGUACUCAUUCGGCCCUCCAUAGUAAAGACAAGGAUCUGGCGUGGAUGGCGGCACAUGACAUCCUCCCGGUGAUGGAAGUGGACUGUCAGCCGGAGGAUCUAUCGAGGUCCUCGUAUGAGGAACGCUGCUCUGAGCUUGGAGGAGUCAAAGACAUGAGGUUGGAGGCUGAGGCUCUGGUCAGCGAUGUGCUUUUUGCUGUAACAGACAUGUACGUGUCUCAAAGCCUCACCAAUGCUCUGGAUGUGGCUUAUAUAAACGUGGAAACAAGAGAAGGGAACCGCUACUGCUUGGAGCUCACUGAAGCGGGGCUUCGGGUGGUUGGCUACGCUUUUGACCAGGUCAAUGAUGGUUUGACCGCUCAGUACCAUGAAACUGUGUAUUCACUCCUGGACUCCCUCAGCCCCGGUUACAGAGAAGCAUUUGGGAAUGCACUUCUACAGCGCCUUGAGACUCUCAAGCAAAACGGUCAUUGAAGAUUUCAGCCACCCUAAACCAGGGGUUUGGUUGUUUCAAAACAUCUUUGCUUGCUAAUGGUUAUGUUGCAGUUCUGUGCAACAGUCAGUUUCAACACGAAAGUAGACCUUACUGUCUGAUUUUAGUUACGCUCUUGAUGUUAACAAGACUCCUUGGUCAAAUGCUAGUUACAUAUACACUUACUUGGCAAUGUUUUUAUUGUUUUACAGAAACUGCAACAAGAGAGUGUUGUACGAAGUCUAGGGUCUAGAUUAAAAGUCAAAAUAACAUCCUCCAUCCUCCAGAUCAGCCCAAAAAUACCAUUGCACAUGCAAAUGACCACUUUAAGGGGAAUCAGUAGUUUCUGAUCUAUUCAGAAACAGGCAUAAACUGCUAUUUUACAGAUAAAUGUUUUUGAAUGAAAUGGACCUGAGAAGCUACUUCUCUUUGGUGGCAGAUUGGUUCUUUAGAUGCCUUACUGGUGACACUGGUUUCCAGACUUCUAUGUUUAACCUGUCUGUAACAUGGGCUUGCUGUGAAAUCUCAUUGGAAUUGAUGUUUAGUCUGAAAAUGUGGCCCAUUCUCUCUGUUUCUGAUUUGCAAUACUACUUCUUGUCAUAAAAAUGUUCUCUGAAUUGCAUUACCCUAUCUCAGUUUUAUCGGAGAGCCUAUGGUUUUUACUUUACCCUAAGCAAUUUAAAAACAAUUAAAGUUUCCUAAAAAUAAUACAUAUAUAGUAUUUUGGCUCAAAAACAGAAGCUUAAGUUAACUAUAAAAAUACUGAGAAAAUAGUUUGAAUUUACUGGGAUAAAUAGGAGCAUACAGUUUCAGAGCAACAGUUGUAAAAUGCUUUCUAAUUUGUUUUAAUUCAAAGAUUGUUAUAUUUUUACUUGGACUGUUUUUAAAUUAGACAUAUCAGUUUUCAUUUUGUUAAUGAAGCUUCAUGGUGUUUGUUUGUUCUUUUAGGGGCAUAGGAUUUAAAGCAGCACAGAGACCUGUGUCUUGGAUAACAACCAUGUGCAUGUGUAGCCAUGUUGCACAAACUCACACUGAAGUAAAUGCAGUAGCCAUUAUCUGUUAGGUAUGAAAGGGACUACUGAAAAUGUACAACUUUACAUUCCAUACAUUUUUGUUCAUAAUUUGGAUUUUGGAUAAAGAAGUGAGAAUGCAAGCUUUGAUAUAAAUGCAUAAACAUGAAAGGGUUUUCCUCAUGUUUGAAUAAGCCUGUUGAAAUUCAACCUACCUUUGUAAUAAUUUCAUAUUUCAUAUGGGAUUUUGGUCUAAAGCAGGUGAUGACGUGGAAGAAGGCCAGUCAGCAGGAUUGCAGAUAUCUGUGCAAAUUCUUGUGAAACCCAACAAAAUCUAUCUUGAACAUCCCUCUAAUUAUUUUAGGGAGUUUGUUCAGAAAUCCUAGAAAAUAAAAAUGCUAAUGUGUGUAGAAGAGAUGACUGGACUAACAGAAGUCAUGCUGCCUUUUGAACGGUUGCUUACCUAUGUUUCCAUUUAAUAAAAGCACACAAAGGAUUUA